AUGCCAUUCUUCCCCCAAAAUGCCCAUGCCAGAUAUCUGUCAAUCAUUUUUCUUGCAAGUUUGGUGCUUUCACUCGCUGGGGUGCGCAGAAAAAGUGCGGCUAGACCACAGUUUUUGAGCUACCUAUCGUCUUAUGAGACUACUUUAACUUAUAAUUCUCAGCAAAAUCUCGGACAAACUCCUGACUCACGAUCGUCCCAAUUCCCCUCAACUUCCCUGAUUAACCUUGAUACGGAUAGCCUGGCGUCAGGAGAAUAUACCAGCAUAGUCGUGUUUGGCGCUAGCUGGGCUGAUAAUGCUCACCCUCGCCCUAAAAAGUAUGCCGGGACUUUGAGAGGUUCACCUUAUUAUCAAGGACGAUAUUCAAACGGAAUCAUUUGGGCGGAGUACUUAUCCAAUCGUCUUCUCACUGGCGAAAACAUCCCACUCCUUGAUUACGCCUAUGGUGGGGCAGUAGCUAACAAUAACCUAACAUACACUGAAAUACCUGAUACGAGUACAGAAUUGAAUCAGUAUAUAUCUGAUGUUCGUAAUGGGUCAAUCAAUCGUGGAUAUGGACCUGUUUUACAUUUCUGGUGGAUCGGGAUCAACCAGAUAACUCAAAUAUGGACUGAUGCUAUCAAGGCAGACUCUACUCUCAGCAUGCCUGACAUUUUGGCUAAGGCUUCCCGUCGGGUAGACAUGCAAAUUACCGAGCUUCAGCGCCAAGUCACCACAGCUAGGCAAGAUCUAUCGGUGAACAGUGUUCCGUGUGACUUUUUCAUCAUACCCAUUCCGCCAUUGGAGACGGUCCUUACAUUUAAAUAUCAGGCUUCUGAUCUAGCCAAAAACUCGAAGACUCUUGCCAAGAGCUUUUGGAGGGACGUCAUUGCUAAUCCGAGACAGUAUCAAUUUGUGAUUCCGGACAAGGCCUGCUUACACUAUGUUGAUGGAAAUCAAGUAUCAUGUUCUGAGCCAGAUGAAUAUGUCUAUUGGGAUUCACUUCAUCCUACCACAGCAAUGCAUGGAGUCAUUGCCGAUAGUCUACUUUCUGCCAUUAAAGAUUGA